ACUUAUUUCACUUUGUUCACAUCUUCAAUGACUCUCUUUUCAAUCAAUGGUCCCAUAAAAUGUAACAACAGAAUAAUGUCAUUUUGUACACUACCCUUUUCUCUUACCUAUUAUAAUUCUCGCAAUCAUGUUUCCCUUCCUAGAAUGCUACAUACAAAUAUUCAUAAACAUGGAAAUUCUCUUUCUCCAUAUUCAUGUCAAACUUCAACUCAUAAGAAUUUGUAUUCUAGAAAGCAAAGAGGGUCAUCCCUUAUUGCCUUUGAUGCCAAGAAUUCAGAACCAAUAGGAGAAGAUGAUGAUGAUGAAGCCCUAGAUGCAGUUAUGAAACUUUACUCUGCCUUUAAAAAUAAAAACAUGCAAGAAUUAUCUGAGAUUCUAGCAGAUGAAUGUAGAUGUGUGUGCAAUUUUUUCUCAUUCUUCCAAGCUUUCCAAGGAAAAACGCAAGUGUUGGAAUUCUUUUCUAAUAUGAUACGUUUAUUUGGUGACAACAUUCAAAUUGUGGUGAAACCAACUCUUCAUGAUGGCAUGAAUGUUGGUGUCCAUUGGAAAUUUGAAUGGAACACUAUACAUGUUCCUUUAGGGAAAGGUUUCAGCUUCCACAUAUGCCAAACUUACCGUGGAAAGGCAGUAAUAAAGAAUAUUGAAAUGUUUAUGGAGCCAUUGCUACUCUUGGAACCCUUCAUGAGAUUGAAAAUGAAGACAGACCUCAAAGAAAUCUUUAUGCUAAGUUUAUUAAGGGGAGAAUCUGGGAAUAAUGCAAGAAGAUCAAUCUUGUGCACUGUGCUAGCUGUGUUAUCUCUGGCUGCCUUAUUAUUUUUCUUCAUGAAACUAGUUUUAUAGAAAGCUUUGUCAAAAAUCAUGACUUGGUAAAUUUGUUGUUUUUAGGUAUUUUUAUGCAAAAAUAAUAUUAUUAAUAGGUAAAUAAAUACUAUGAAAUUGACCAAAAUAAUGCAUGUAGUAUUGUACUCGUGAAGAAAAUCACAAGUCUCUAACGUGUAUUGAAUCACACCACAUCCAAAAUACUUUCU